UGGGAAUGAAAGGGAAAUAAAUUCAUUGUGAACUGCGUAUUAUUUACUAUUUACCUAUAUGGUUCUAUAAAUAAAGUCGAAUAUAAUAAAUUACACACAAUUAAAGUCAAGGUUUUGGGGAGUCUCUAUUUAUUCAAAUUCUAAUAAAGUGCACACUUUAUAAUAUGACUGCAGAAAUAGUUGAGCCUCCCGAUGCUGGCAUCAAAGGCAAAGUUGAUACCGCAGGCGCACAAGAUUCCACAGCCCGGAUGGGCAAUCAUUUGUUUGUACCACCACAAAUGGAAGAAAUAAUCAAUUUUCUCAGCCUCAAUAAACAUAUAGUUUUUAAAUCUCAACAAAUUGAUGAUCCUGAGCUCUUACACGAGGAAAAGGUACAAAUUGCACGCGAAAUCUAUAGUAAAAAUGCUCAGACAUUUCUAAUGCGUUUCGGGAGUUUUAUGGAGGAGCGACAUCUGGCUACAUUUUCGGAAAUGGCUGUUACAAAUAAGGAGAAUAACGAAGAAAUGGAGUUGCUUUUACAGGACUACCGUAAUAAGUUACGUACCCGCGAACGUGAUGUGAAGAAUCGACGUUAUGCUGCUAUGCAACAACUAAUAUCCGAUGGUGAAUAUUUUAGUGAACAAGAAAUGAUGAAGCGUGCACCAGAGAUGUAUCAAGAGCUAAUAGGCCAAUAUUUAAGUGAAGCAGAAAAAAAACAACGCGACGAGUACGACGUCAAAAACACCACAUUCUCUGGCAUAUUAAUGCAUACAAUGGAACAACAGCAGCUGCAAGAUGUGCUUAAACUUGCAGAUAAAGAAAAUGUAAAAAGCACGCAAUUAGCGCGUGCCAUUGAAGGUGGACGUUACAAUGGCGAGGAUGAAAUAACUCAAAGUACAAUUAGUAGUGAAUACGAUACAAUGGGAGAGGAAGAGUAUGAAGCUGUAGAAGAAGUUGUACCUGCUGGCUUUCGUCAACAAUGGGGUAAUUUCGAUAACGAGCAAGUAGCUUGCUCCUCAAGCAACCGAGAGAAGAAACAAAGAAAAGAAAAACGAAAACAAAAUAAUUUAGUUCGAAAUGUCAAAAAUCAAAACGUAGACAACUUUAUUACAGCUGGCGAAAGGGAGUUAUUACGACAGGAAUUUAUUGGUAUAAUGCAUGAACAAUUCCUUAGUGGCGCUGACAAGGACUUUGAUUACACACAAGUCGACGACAAUACACAGUUGGAUGACCUGAGCCAAAUAAAUCAAGACAAAGAAGAUGCAUAUUUUGAAGAAAGCGACUACACAGAUGAUGAUGAAGAUAUCAUUAGAAGGGAAACACGAGAAAAUGUCUGCGAUGAGGAAUCCGAGGACGAGCUUGAUGUGUUUAUGAAUCAUCUCAAUAGACACCAUAGCUUACAACAGUAGUUUAUAGACAUAUACAUAUGUAUAUUUAUACUUAAAAUAGAAUAGCUGUGUAAAUAGUAGUGUAAAACUAAUAAAACCUAUUGCCACAUUAAA